AUGUACAAGCCGGGAACCGCCUGCACCUCCUGCCCACCGGGAACUGCGUGCAUAAACAAGACACGGCAGUUGGACGCCGCUGUUUACAAGGGCCUUUGCAAGUCCUCAAGUCCUGACGGACCCCAAGUGCGGCUUCCUCCGGAGGCCUAUUCUUUCUGCAAUUUCCAAAACGCUUCGUCUAAGGACUGCAUCGUUCAAGAGCAACCGUACGGCGCCUUCCAGACACGUCGCAUCUUAGGAGGUGGUUACCUCACAGCGACUGCGAGUGGCGGUGAAAGUGCAUCGGUCACUUUCCAACGCCCUUUCGUGGUACCGUCGGAGGAAUCCUUUCCUGAAGCAUCGUGCCUGCGAUUUCGGUUCAGGAAGGGUCCACAUGGAGCCGGGACGGGAGGCCAAUCUACGCUACGUAUUCGUUUGGAUGUACAAGACAGUCACGUCGUGAAGACGACGGAUAUCACCAGAAAUUAUCCUCACUGGGCCACAUACAGUAUUAGUAUCACGAAGCCAAUAAGUAUACAGCUCACGCUCAUUCUACAGGUGAAGCCCAAGGGCCCACCGCACUACCUCGAUGUCACAGACGUUCUCUUGACGAAAGGAUAUUGCUAA